GCUGCUGCCUGGAGAGUGCGCGCACGCCAGCCAUCCCUCCAGCCAAGCGCUGCCUGCGCACCCUUCUCUCUCCGUCUGGCGCGUGCCGUCGUUUUCGCUGGGACCGUUCUUCAUCUUCUUCUUCUUGGUCGCGUGCUGCAGGAGGAGGAGGAGGAGGAGGAGGGCAUAAAAUGAUUACUAUAUAAAUGCCACAGUAUAAAUGGCGUCAAAGGUUACAGAUGCUAUAGUCUGGUACCAGAAGAAGAUUGGUGCAUAUGACCAGCAAAUAUGGGAAAAAUCUGUAGAACAAAGAGAAAUCAAGUUCCAGUUUACUUUUCCUCCUUUUUCAUCCUAUCAUUGUUUUGAACAGUUUAUUAAAUUGGGUUUGAGGAACAAGCCAAAGAAAACUGGACACGUAAAGCCAGAUCUCAUAGAUGUUGAUCUUGUGAGAGGCUCUGCUUUUGCUAAAGCUAAACCAGAAAGUCCAUGGACCUCCCUGACUCGAAAAGGAAUUGUUAGAGUUGUUUUCUUCCCCUUCUUCUUCAGGUGGUGGCUACAAGUGACAUCAAAGGUUAUUUUCUUCUGGCUCCUUGUCCUUUAUCUUCUUCAAGUUGCUGCAGUAGUAUUGUUCUAUACUAUAGAAGGCCCGCAUAAUAUACCUCUGACUGAAGUAAUAGGGCCUGUAUGGCUUAUGUUGCUCCUUGGAACAGUGCAUUGUCAGAUUGUUUCAACAAGAACACCUAAACCACCUCCAAGUACAGGAGGGAGAAGGCGAAGGAAAUUAAGGAAAGCAGCACAUUUGGAAGUACAUAGGGAAGGAGAUGGCUCUAGUACCACAGAUAACACACAGGAAGGAACAGUGCAGAGCUACGGUACAAGCACCUCUUACAGUAUUGGCGCUGUCUUCAGAGAUAUCUGGCAUGCCGCUUUCCUUUUAUCAGGAGUGAAGAAGACCAAGAACUCUAUAGAUAAGUCUACAGAGACUGACAAUGGGUACGUCUCCCUUGAUGGAAAAAAGACAGGUAAAGGCAACGAAGAUGUUUUACAGUCUCCUGAGUCACACUCUGAAAUUAUCAGAUCAGAAGAGACAUGCUGGAGCACAGGAACAGUCAGAAAUGCAUAUAGUAAUCCAAAUCAUCACAAAGACAAUCACAGAACAGUGACAAAUGUUUCUGAUGAAGUUUCAAGUGAGGAGGGGCCAGAAACUGGAUAUACCUUGCGCCGUAACGCAGAACGUGCUUCCAGUGACUGUGCAUUUCGAAACAGGAAAUCCCAUCACUAUAAGAAACAUUAUCCUGUGGAGGAUGUCCCUAAAUCUGGAACUAGUUGCAGUUCACGAUGUUCAAGUUCCAGACAAGAUUCUGAGAGCACAAGACCAGAGUCUGAGACAGAAGAUGUGUUGUGGGAGGAUCUUUUGCAUUGUGCAGAGUGUCACUCAUCCUGUACCAGCGAAACAGAUGUGGAGAACUCUCAAGUCAAUUCAUGUAUAAAAAAAGAGUAUAGAGAUGACCCCUUUCAUCAGAGCCAUUUGCCCUGGUUUCAUAGUUCUAACCCUGGCCUAGAAAAAGUGAGUGCAAUUGUUUGGGAAGGUAAUGACUGCAAAAAGGCUGAUAUGUCAGUGCUUGAGAUAAGUGGCAUGAUUAUGAACCGGGUGAACAGCUAUGUACCAGGAAUAGGCUAUCAGAUAUUUGGAAAUGUUGUGUCUAUAAUCCUGGGCUUAACACCAUUUGUAUUUCGACUUUCCCAAGCUAAGGAUCUGGAGCACUUAGCAACACAUUCUGCUACUGAACUUUAUACUAUUGCUUUUGGGUCAAAUGGAGAUAUCAUGGUCCUUUCCAUGGUAAUAGUAUGCUUUAUUGUUCGCGCCUCUCUUGUAUGGAUUUUCUUCUUCCUCUUAUGUGUGGCUGAGAGAACUUAUAAACAGAGGCUACUAUUUGCAAAACUAUUUGGUCAUUUAACAUCUGCAAGAAGAGCACGAAAAUCAGAGGUUCCUCACUUCAGGUUAAAGAAAGUGCAGAAUAUUAAAAUGUGGCUUUCCCUCCGCUCCUACCUGAAGCGGCGAGGUCCUCAACGAUCAGUUGAUGUUAUAGUCUCAUCUGCUUUUUUGUUGACCAUUUCUGUUGUGUUCAUCUGCUGUGCACAGCUGCUUCAUGUACAUGAAAUCUUCCUUGAUUGCCAUUAUAACUGGGAACUAGUGAUAUGGUGCAUUUCACUGACUUUGUUUCUUUUAAGAUUUGUUACACUUGGAUCGGAAACGAGUAAAAAAUACAGCAAUACCUCGAUAUUACUUACUGAACAGAUAAAUUUGUACUUGAAAAUGGAAAAGAAGCCGAACAAGAAGGAAGAACUGACAUUAGUGAACAAUGUUUUAAAGCUUGCGACAAAAUUACUCAAGGAACUGGACAGCCCCUUCAGGUUAUAUGGAUUGACGAUGAAUCCUCUACUUUAUAACAUCACUCAAGUUGUCAUUCUGUCUGCUGUUUCUGGUGUUAUCAGUGACUUGCUUGGAUUUAAUCUAAAGCUCUGGAAGAUCAAAUCCUGACACUUCUCAAAAAGGAGACGGAGGUCAAUACUCUGGAAAGAGAGCUGAUCGACUAAGCUGCCUCACUGCAGUUGCUGGUUCUGCAUUUCAGAUGUUACAAUCUCUCUAAGGAUAUCAUUUGAAAGAACUGAAGUGUUUACAUCUGAUUAUCUUGUGCAAUCUUUAUAUUUAUUUUAUCUUUUCACUUUUUGUAAAGGUUUAUUUUAGCUGACAUUGUAUUUUAUUUUGAAACAUUAAUAUGUGUUGGCUAUUGAAAAGGUCAAAAAUGGAUAUCAAGAUACUUGGGGUCCUGGUAACUGGUCACAUUAAAUUACUGAAACAUGCUUCAUCUGUUAUGAAAGAUGAUGCCCUAAUGCUAGGCUUUUGUACUUCAGAAGUUCUCAAUACAACAAUGUCAUGCUGAAGUCACUUUAUUGAACUUGUACUAUAAAAUGUUUAGGACAUUUUAUUUUGUACCAUUCUUUCAGGGGUAGUAUCAGAGCACCAGCAUAUUGUUGGUUACAGUAGAAGACGACGCUUACUGUAAUGACAAUGUUUUAGGACUGAUAGCUAAAUUUUUAUAUAGAUAUAGAUAGAUAUAGAUAUAUAAAAAUAUAAAUGCUAGAGCCAGCAGGUAUCUUAACAGAAUUGAUUCCAGGAUCUGAAAUACUUUGAAAUGAAGUUUGAGUAUUAAGUAUCAAUAAGGUAUUACAUAACAUGUCAACAAGUGCUCUUUGAUAACAUUUUUAUUAGAGCAAUAACUGUAAACUGUUACCAUACUGUAAGAUAUUUUGAUAAAGAUUAGCUAUGCUAUUUAUUUUAAAACACUGAGAUGUUUGCACAGUGCUGACUGUGCCGCUCAACAUGUGCACUUUUAUUGUUACUUUUAAUAAUGAUAUAUAUAUAU